AUUGUGAAAAGUCACGUUUUUGUUUUGCGUGUUGUCUUUAGUACGGCGAAGUGAGGGGUCAUUAGAGAAGGUUAUUAGAUUUAUGUGCGCUGAACCUUUUGUACUUCUCUAUGUCUCUCUCUCUCUCUCUCUCUCUCGCUCCCUCCUUCUCCCCCUCUUUUGUUGUUACCAGUGAUCGCUGACAAUGCUGCCAUAGCAACCAGGAAACACUCCAGUGUGUAUGCAUGUGUAUGUGUGUGCGUGGGGUAGACAGUAACGCUUGAGCUGGUGAGGAGCACGGGAGGGAUGCCGUAGGAAGGGAGAUACGUUCAGUCCGACGUUGCAGGUUGUAAGGUUUCUGUGGAUGAGCUGAUAUUCUAGUGGGAAAGAGUGUGAUUUUGCCCAGGUCAGGCGUGAUGGCCUCCAGUGGAGUAACUGCUCUCCUGCCCCCUGUGAAGAGCGUGGUGGUGUACAAGAAUGGAGAUCCCUUCUUCUCAGGGAGGAGGUUUAUCGUGAACCAGAGGCAGGUCUCCUCUAUGGAGUCUUUCCUGAACGACGUCACUGUCAGCAUCGGCGCGCCGCUGGCCGUGAGAACGCUCUACACGCCACGCAACGGGCACCGGGUACCCGAUCUGGAGCACCUCCAGCAGGGGGCGCGGUACGUGGCUGCCGGAUUCGAGAGGUUCAAGAAGCUCGACUAUCUGAGUCUGGGGAUGAAGAGAACUCCGGUGACUCGGACCGGAGACGCCAUGCAGGUCAAAGGACUCAGCAGACCCAACGUGUCCGCAAAAUGGAGGAAGGUUAUAACCAUGCCCUGCAUUAUACACGUGUUCAGGAACGGAGACGUCCUCAGUCCUGCCAUGCGCUUCAUCAUUCCUCGGAGCGUUCUGAAAAACCUGGAGCAGAUUCUCAGGCUGGUCUCGGAGAAGGCCAUGCUGCGCACCGGCGCCGUUCGCAGGCUGUGCACUCUGGACGGCGUGACGGUGACCUCGGCGGAGGAGCUGGAGAGCGGACAGUGUUUCGUAGCCGUGGGUGCCGAGCGCUUCAAGAAACUCCCGUACGUGGAGCUGCUGCUGAACAAAGCGCAGGGAGCCAGUGCAGACAGACAUUACGUUGCAGACCGUGGCCUGCACAGGAGGUCCGAGAACAGGAAGUUUCCUCAAGACAGCAACAGUGACUCCGCCCUCCUUCACUCACCCGAGAGGGACGGCAGGCGCGUGAAGUCCACGGGAGACGAGGCCGAGCCGGACGGAGCGAAUCUGUCUCAGCCGCUGCAGAGGAGGAGAGAGGGAGAGGAGGGCUCCAUGUUCUACGCCAAACCCGAACGAGCGCGCAAACACAGACUCGCACGCAGAGCCGUGGCCAGAAACGCAGGCCAAGCGAGCGUGUUUAAGAGCGUAGAGAAGAAGAGAGAGGAGGUGCGAGGAGCUGAGGAGGUGGCUGAGGACGAGAGCACGGCCGUGGAGCUUCCUGUAGAUCAGAGAGUUGCUGAAGUCGUUCAGGACGAGGAACUCGACCAGAGCCAAGCAGAACAGAGAAAUCACAUGCAUCAGACAGGAGCACCUGAUGAGCGCAUGACCUCGUCCGCACACUCCAGUCCGUCUCCUAGCGACAGCGAGCACAACGGGAAGGGGUACGGGCCGCGUGAUGGAGAGACCUCGUUAAGGAGACGGCGCUCUUCUCCGAACGGGGAGGCGGAACCGCAGGACGAGGACGUACUCGGCGAAGACCUGGAACAGGAAAGAGGCCGAGACGAUGAAAAUGGAUAUCCUGAGGAAGCUGACGAGCCGGAGACGCAGGACCAUACCCGUCCUCCCUACUUGUCCUCACAGCAGACAGAGUGACCCAGACAGAAAGUAUAUAUCAGACACAACCAUAGAUACCCCCCCCACGUAGUGUGUAAAAUCUAGCUCUAACCGUAAUCAUCUCCCGAGCAACCUUCCCCAGACUGUCCCUAAUACGUAACGUGUUCGUAAUACGAUCUCCAGACCGUUCUCUUACAGCUACGUCAUGUAGACUUUACCGUCCGUGAAGUUUAUUCACCCGUGAGUGUCUUUAACCCCCGACAGACUCUACCGAGACGCCGUCAGCCGAUACGGUGCGCGAUGAGGUCAGCAUCUCUUACAGAGGAGACAACAAAUUACACACACACACACACACACUCUUUUCCUUUAAAAUAUUCACUCUCGGUUCUGAAAAACGUCGAUCUGGGCAUUCGAUUCCAGUAACGUGCGCUCCGAAAUUAUUGGCACCCUCUAAGAGAACGCGCGGAAACAUUAGAGGGAAAUUGUUUACCUUUCCUCUAACACAAAAACAUUUACACCCCAUUUUAAAUAAUGGACAUUCAAUUAGAGUAGUCAUCUCCAGAAUUAUUGGCACCCUUCAAGAGAGAAGAAUUGUUUUUCUUUGACAAAACAGAAACUUCAUUUUUCAUAAAAAUGUAUUUGCUCUUAAAAAAAAAACAACCCCUCCCCCCCAAAAAAAAAAAAAAUUAUAUCUGAAAUACAUCCAAACUAAUUCUUUGCAUAAACGAUUUAUUUAUUUAUUUAGUUUAUAUGAAGGAAGGCUCUCAGGCUCCAGAUUCAUUUUAUUUGACCAGAUUUGUAAACAAAAACAUGUUGUUGACCAAUUAAACAGACACCCAAUUUGAUUAAAAGAGUCAGCUCCAAAAUUAUUGGCACCAUUUAAGAGUUUUUUUCUUCUCUCUGAAGAACGUGGCAAGAUUACUGACACCUCGAAAUGAUUCAGAAAUAAGAUCCAAACGUUUUAUUAAAAAAUGCCGAGCAGCUUCUAGAAAUUUAUUACAAAUACCGUAGGAAGUUCACGGGUGAAAUCCUUUUACCGUCAUCAAAAUAACCCAUAAAAGUUGCUGCUUUCACCUUAUUAUUAAAAUGUGUAACACAGCGUGUGACGCUCAUCGCUCACCCCUAACGGCAAACUGCACCGACUUUAAGCCCGAUGCUGUCGUGUACUAGUGCGUUUCGGUGUGUUAGAUGUACCAUGAAUCAGUAAUCAGUAACGUUCGGCUUGCGGAGACCCUGUUUAUGUGAAGUCUGGAUUCGUGCGAGUUGGAUAUUUUAGUACGAAAUAGUUCCGAACCUGCUUCGUUUUGAGCCUCGAAUAGAAUCACUGUGAAUGUCUGUAGAGGUGAAACGGAAACGCGUCGAACCCUUUACGUCCCCCAGCGAAAGUCGUUUUAAAGCGACGUGGCUGUGAGUCGAGACACGCCCGGGAGGUUAAGGGGUUUCACGUGAACUUGCGCUCGCUCACGUGGACGGAUUUUCCACGCGCUUUCCCGAACAAAUUGUGAGAAAUCGUGAUUGUGUUUUCUUGGACCUGUAGAUAAAUGUGAAUUUUUUAUUUGUAUUUUAAUGUCCUCUUAUUUCAUGUGUACUAACAUUCAGGUCAUAUAGUAUUAACAAUAAACCGUGAACGGAA